AUGGCAUAUGACCGAUAUGUUGCUAUAUGUGAUCCUUUACACUAUCACACUAUUUUUAAUAUGAAACAAUGUCUUGUAUUGGCAUCUGGCACUUGGAUAUCAGGAAGCUUAAAUUCACUUGUGCUUACAAUCCCAGCAUCACACAUGUCCUUCUGUCAGUCUCGCACCAUAUACCAGUUUUUCUGUGAUGCUAAAGCUCUGAUAAACAUCUCCUGUGCUGGCAGUGAAGAUGUUUAUAUAGCAAUCUAUUUGCUUGUAUUAAUAUCUUAUAUAAAAAUUAUCAGGGUCAUCUUACAGAUAAAAUCUAAGGAUGGCAGAAACAAAGCCUUCUCCACCUGCUCAUCCCACCUCACUGUUGUCUCUAUGUUCUAUAUAACGGCUUUGUCAGUGUACAUGAUGCCAUCAUCAGAAUACUCCAAUGUCCUAGAACCAGUGUUUAGUAUAGUGUACUCAAUUGUCACUCCCAUGAUGAACCCUCUGAUCUACAGUCUACGGAAUAAAGAAGUGAAAAGUGCUGUCCAGAGACUUCUGUGGGGAAAACAAAGUAUUGAACAGUGA